AUGCUGCAACACCCGAUUCCGGCACCAAGCACCAACCAUGCCAGAUUGGAUGCGAGCCUUUACACCGACCUUCGCUGUCCGUCCGAUCCCUUCCAUUGUCUAGUAAAGUCGCUAUCAGAUGUCCUUGGUCCGUCCAGUGGCAUCAACUCGGCCGAUGUCAAUCCUCAAGACCUCAUCAACCUUAUGUCAAUCUAUACUUCCAACGAGAAAGAAUGGCAGCAUUAUGCAUUCGCUGACCCGAGCCGUAACUACACACGUAAUCUCGUUGACAAGGGCAACGGCAAGUCAAACCUGUUGAUUGUUGUGUGGAACCCGGGCAAGGGCUCGCCUAUUCAUGACCACGCCGAUGCACACUGCGUGAUGAAAGUGCUCAAGGGAACUCUGAAAGAAACGCUGUACGAUAUGCCGCUUCAGGCAGAAGAGAAGGAUGGCAUUCGCACGCCACCCCAAGUCGUCAAAGAGACCAUCUACGACAACAAUCAGGUGACUUAUAUUUCCGACGACAUCGGGUUGCACAAGAUCUCGAAUCCGUCCAGCACCGAUAUUGCUGUCUCACUACACCUCUACACCCCACCACAUGCUGCCAACUUUGGCUUCAACCUGUUCGAUGAGACGACAGGCAAGAGCACGCAUAUCAAGCAAGCCGGCUUCUUUUCCGACUGUGGGAAGUUGAUUAGCGAGUCCAAGUAUGGCUCGUUUUAG